AUGCCCACUUGCAUCGUUUGUCUUGGCGCUUUGAAAGAUCCCGCUGCGCUACCUUGUGGACACGUCUUUUGCUGGGACUGUCUCAUCCGCCUCAUCCGCUCUGUCACGCCGUACACCAACCAUCACUUCUGCCCGACCUGCAAACAACCCUACACCAUAUCGAACGUUGACCCGACCCUAGUACCACACCACCUUCAGCCUUUCAUUACGCCUUCCGUUCGGAAGCUACAUCUGGAGUACACGAUCCCGGCCCCGACCAAAGGCGCCUCGGCAUCCAACGCGGAGUACGAAAAGCUCCUGGCUGAGAACGUCUCCCUGAAGGCCUGCUGCUUUAUUUGGCGCAAGCGUGCCGCGGUCCACGCUUCGGCCACGCUCGGCCUUGUGGGCCUUGCGCGGAUAGCCCGUGACUACGCCUUGCGCAUCAAGAGCGAGCGAGACGAGCUCGAGACGCGUUAUAACGAGCUGAAGAAGCGAUACGACGAGAAUAUGUCUCAACUACAAACUCCUCCAGAGACCCCUCCUUCCCCGCGCAGUGCCCAGCUACGGGCGAGCUCGCCUCCCGUCAUCCACCUCCCGCACAUCUCAGAGCUCCGCCUUGAACCGCUGGAAACGAACCUCCAGCCCAGUCUCAAGCGGACGUCACCAGCGCCCCGUCCCCUCUCCACAUCUGUCUACCGCAUGCCCUCUCCCGCGAUGUCAGACGUGAGCUAUUUCUCCGACUGCCCAGACUGCGUGGAAAAGAAGCGGAAGCGCAGCUCGGAGCCGGACGAAACCGAGGAGGACGUUUUAGAACGCCCGAUUAAGCGAUCGCACUCGUCCUCUCCAGGCAUCGUCUCGCCCGCUCCCGCCCCUGCCACUGCGUCGCCCGAGAGGAGUAUUGCGAGUUAUCUGGAAGGGACGCUCACUAUCUGA